AGGCCUCAACGAUCGUUUACAGAUAUAUAUAUAUAUAUAUAUAUAUAUUUUAAUUGACAUCUAACCAGCAAUUGAGUUUCUAACGUGAUUUUGUAUAUACGAAUUUGUUUAGUUAAUUGAGGUAGACAAUGCUCGGAAUACUUCUAUUUUUUGUGCUGGGAUUUAUUGAUAUUGGUUCGCCGUGUACUGACAUUGACCCCCCUUCAGUGUGUCUCCCCAGCGCUGCAGAUGGUGGCUGCUACUGGAACUCAACGAUGAAUUGCCGGUGUAUUAAUACUUGUCACAGUACGAACGGGUGCCCCAAUCAUCCGACUCCAGGGGAUGGCGACUGUUUUUGUCAGUUUGCAGCAAGUUCGUGUCCAGGAAUCUCAUCAUACUGCCAGGCGACGUGCAACUACAGAUCCACCGUCGUGUGUGCUCCUCCGGAAGUCGUUCCGAAUGCAGUGCCUUCAUCAUCCACCAACUUUUAUAUGGACAAGAUCACGUAUUCUUGUGACAUCGGUUACGAAGAUGACAGUAACGGUUUUACCGGUCACCGGUUAUGUACAGAGAAGGGGACUUGGCUUCUGCACCCGACCGAAGGCGUCCCACCCAACUGUAGUAUUAUAAGCUGCGGUACGUCACCGGUUGUACCCAGGACGUCACAAUCGCAGACGACAGGAGUGUACGGCGAUACGGUCACAUACACGUGUAAUUAUGGUCACGUGGAUCCCGCGGCCAACACCGGUUUCCACAACUGUAACGCCACGGGAGACUGGGUUCAAGUCGGAACUCUACCAUCCUGUCAACUUGUUACGUGUGCUGCACCAGAUUCCGUCUCGAAUGCUACUCCAAACAAGACCAGUGGAAUAUAUGGGGAUGUAAUUUAUUAUUCGUGUGAUGUCGGAUACGAAAUAUCUUCGGGAAAUAUCGGGAAGCAAUUAUGCAACUCUACUGGGCAGUGGGUGCCAGAUUCAACGCUCGGAGAGUUACCAGUCUGUAAAGCCAGUUGCGGAUCGGCGCCGAGUGUUGUUCAUGCCACACCGUCCUCCCCUGUCGGGUUUGCGGGCGACACCGUACACUACCUGUGUGAUGUCGGCUUUAGACGAGUAUCGGGCGACAUCGGCCAGACGACGUGUAACGAGUCCAGGUCAUGGGUCUCUCACCCGCUGUUUGGAGACCCUCCUGUGUGUCAAGAAAUUGUUUGUGGUACUCCUCCUGUUAUAAUGGAUGCUUCAGCAAACCAGACAUCCGGGAAAUUCGGUGACGUCAUAGUCUACACCUGUAACACGGGCUUCAGCCAGACUGGGGGAGACAGUGGUCAAAUGUUCUGCAAUGAAUCGGGUUUAUGGACUGAAAGCACUGUACAGGCUGCCCAGCCUAUCUGCCAGAUCAUAACGUGCGGAGCUCCUCCUGGUGUAUCAAAUGCUUCCCCUUCCCAGAAUUCCGGAAAUUACGGUGACAUCAUUCACUAUUUGUGUGACGUCGGCAACGUUCAGACAGGUGGUUUGAUUGGUCAAAUGUCAUGUGAUGCUUCUGGGUCAUGGGUCGCCGACAGUCAGUACGGUGAGCCGCCGACGUGUGGAAGGCGGCCUUGUGAAUCUCCCCCUCCCGUACCCCUGACUAAUCCCAAUACAACGUUCGGCUAUUACGGUGACGCUGUUGUGUACACGUGCAGCGUUGGGUACACGCAAACAGCUGGAGAUAAUAGUCAAAUGGUGUGCAACCAACUGGGAAUGUGGACUUUAAAUCCGCCAACUGGAAGCAUCCCACUCUGCACAGUGGUGUCUUGUCCAGCCCCGUCACCUGUCACAAAUGCAUCGCCAUCAGUGAAUUCGGGUGUGUACGGCGAUUCCGUGCACUACCUGUGUGACGCAGGCUAUCGGCGAGUGUCGGGAAACAUCGGCAGGAUGACGUGUGAUGACGCCGGAAAGUGGAAAGUUGACUCUACGUACGGAGAGCCGCCGCUCUGUGAAGGAGUAAGCUGCGGUACUUCUCCUGCCGUCCCUAACGCUAGUGCGAACCAGUCAUCCGGGGUAUUUGGUGACGUGAUACAGUACCAGUGCAAUGUGGGAUACGUGGAUUACACCGGUAACGUUGGUAGGAUGACGUGCAACUCGUCUGCACUGUGGGACCCGAAUACCACUCAGGGUGCCCCGCCAGACUGCCAGGUCGCAACCACAACAUCAACAACUUCUACCUCAGGAAGUACAACCACCACCGGUACUACAACUACCACACCACAGUCGACAUCCACGUCAACAUCGUCGGAAACUAUUACACCUGGACAAAGUCAGUCAACAAUUCCAAUGACAACAGAAGAUCCAGUUAAAGAUAUCCCGGUGUAUAAGAAGUACAAGCCGCCUGUACACGAGGCCAAGGGGGCGGAAGUGUUCGGGGGAUUUGCCAUCAUAAUCCUCUCUCUGUUCGGUCUGAGCAUAGUCCUGGUGGACCUCAUCAACAUAAAGCAGCACAUUCGGUUAGCGACCGGUAAUUUCAGGGAGGUCAAGGCCGUUCUUGACGAAAAAUUACGAAGAUCGAGUAGUUAUGACGUCAACAAUGACGACAAAUCACGGAAAGACCCGAAGAAGUCCGAGCCAGAGAACAAAACAACCGAUAACGUUGAAAAGGGUUUACCACCGCCACCACAGACUUCAAAAACCCAAAACGGUGAUAUUGGCAAGAGAAAUAUAGACAGCGAAAGCACCGAGAUGAGGCCUCGUGUUGGAUCGACUGGUUCCGUGCCUCGACGACAGCCAGAGGUGAUGCGGCCGAGAUUAGGGUCGGCUGGUGCACGAGUAAGUCCUGCAGCAAGUUAUCCGCCAAUUACGGAACACCCAACUAAGUUCAUAUAGAAAUUUGCCUGGCUUCACAAAAUAGUCGGGUGUUUAGAUUCUUUGGUGUAUAUUUGCUGUAUUUUAUUAUUAUACAUGUAUCAGUAUUUUUCAACGUUUGUUGGUUCGGAUGGGGGAUCGGAUGAAAGAGAUUAUACGCACAUUUGUUUUAUUAGUCCCCUUCCUACGGGCCUCGAUGGCGCAGUGGUUAGUCCAUCGGAAUAUAGGCUGGUAGGUACAGGGUUCGCAGCCCGGUACCGGCUUCAACACAGAGCGAAUUCUUAA